AUGAGAUCUGAAUCUGAAAGCGAUUCUGAACAUUUCGAGUUUGUCUCAAGCUUUUUUCAUCUCAUUUAAGCUAUUAAUAAUUGUAUUCUUUAUUAAUUAUAUUCCAGAUUGCCAUAAUAAAGCAUAGAGAAAUAGAACUGCAAAAUUCAUGAAAAAUGCAAAAGCGAGAAGAAGUAAGGAAUGAUAAUUAUAUAUAGAAGUUGGAUAAAUAAAUUUUAGAAUGCUAGAGAGUGUAGAUUAAAAUGUAUCAGAAAUAGUCUCCUUCAAUAAAGACUAAGCAGAAAAAUUAGUCAAGCCGAUGAGAAAUUAAACCAAAAAUUUGGAGAAUUCACAAGUCGAAACUUUUAUUUGCAACGUUCAUUAAAUACUUAGGUAAAAGCAAUUGUCUAUAAAUAAAGGGAAAUUCAGUUGAAAUAAUAAAUCUUAAGAAAUGUUUAAAAAUAAGUUUAUUUGAAUUUAAUUUAAUACAACAAAAUAUAACAAUCUUAAUUGCAACAAAAAACAAGCUGCUUACAUAUGUAAAUUCAAUUGAAAUAUUAUACAUUCUAGAUAUAUAGCUGAAAAAAUUUACGCUGAUUAAAUAAAAGAUGCCACCAUUCAUCAAACCAUUCAUCAAACUCCAAAUAUCGCAAUUCCCUUGUUCAAAAAUAUUCUUCAAACAAGAAAAGGAAGCAAGGAUUGA